UUAUUAUACUUAUAAUUCCUAUGUAAAUGAAAAUGUGGUUUUUUCCAAAACGUGCUUAGUUCACAAAAAAACACGUUUUUUGAUACGUGACGUUGUGGCGAAGGUCGUUUCUCAUUAAUGUAGGACGUCAACCAGCCGAAAAAUAGUCCGCAACACCACUAUCCACUUUCCAUUUCCAGGAUAUCGAAAACAUAGUCCAACAAUAUUCUUAUCACUAUCUCGUUUUUGAGGAAUGCGAUGCUUUUCACGAAAAAUUAAAUUCAGUGUGCUUUUAAAUUUUUAAAAUGAACUAAGUAUAGGUAGUUGUAACAAAUAAAGUAGGCUAUAAAAUACGCGAUGGAAUUUCUUUUAUUGAUUUUAUGUCCGUUUCUUUUCGCGAAUAUGGUUUGUAGUAUGGAAAAUGUCACAAAAGUUUCUCAAGUUCAAAGACUUGAAUUCGAAAAACAUCAAGGAAUUCGAUCAGAAUAUCCAAGUUGCACCUACCAAAAAGGUCAAUUCUUAUGCAAAGAUCAACUGAAGUGCAUCGACUUGAAACAUACAUGCGAUGGUGAAUGUCACUGCGGGGACUGCUCCGAUGAAAAUGAACGGUGUUGGGAAUAUGGCGAAUUUAAAUGUCGAACGUGUAAACAUUCUUGUUUAACAACUCCAAGCGGUCCUCAAUGUUUUUGUAAUGCCUCAAUUCCCGAAUCUGAAUCCAGUUCGAUAUGCAAAGAGAUUGAAGAAUGUGGCAAAGAUGCUAUCUGUCAGCACAGGUGUGUUAAAUAUCAAGGUGUAGAGAGGUGCUCGUGUGGGGAAAACUAUAUAUCCAAGCCUCGCACUUUGGGUCGCUCUUGUUUUACUCAUGUGGCGUACAGAAAUGUUCUCAUAUAUUCGACGAAGCGUGAUAUUAAAGCAUUCGAUUUAAAAACAAACACGACUUCAGUGAUACUGGAAAAUGUCAAAUGUAAAGGUUUAUCAGCUGCCCAUAUGUAUUUAUAUUACAGUGUGGCUGAUAAAAAGACAGGUUACGUGUAUAAAAAAUCAGUUGUCUUCGGUGCAUCGAAUCGAGUCUUUGAGACACAUUCACCGAUUAUAUUUUCCAUCGAUGUUGACUGGCUGACUGGUAACUUAUAUUUUUCGACUGAUAAAGCGCUUGGAGUGUGUUCUGAAGAUGGACUAUUUUGUGCUCUAAUUAAAACUUUGAGUUUUACUGAUUCUUGUCAUAUUGCUUUAGCUCCACGUUAUGGAUUAUUGUUCCAUUCUUUGAGAGUCUUGCAUAAUCAGUAUGAAGACUCUCGCAUAGUAAAAUCUUCGAUGGAUGGAUCAGAUGAAACAGUUUUGGUCAGUGAAGGCCUUCGUCAUCCAAUGUCUUUAACCCUUGACGAAAAUUCGCAAAAAGUUUAUUGGACGGAUUGUGAUUUGGGUGAAAUUGAAUCCAUACAGUUUAACGGGAACAACAGAAAGAAAUGGUUUUCAGAAUCACGAAAAAAUAUUUUCACUAUUAGUGUAUUCGAAGGCAAUGUUUUUUGGACAGAAGAGAAAAAUAAUAUCAUUAACAUGAAUUUCGAAGACAACCCAAAGUUGGUCGCUGAUUCAAACGAAUCAUCAGUAACAUAUUUGAAAGCACAUAAUCGCCUUAUACAAUAUACCGAAAUCUCUAAUCCUUGCGGAAAAAACCCCUGCAACAGCUUAUGUUUACUUCGUCACUCAUCGUCAUCGGCACUACUGAAUUACACCUGUUUAUGUGAUAAUGUCGACCCCUCGAGUACAACAUACUGGUGCAAUAAUCGUACUGCACAAGUUGAGUGGCAAGACGAUCAACAAAAUAUCGACUACGGAGGUCUGCCUCUAGAAGUACCAUCCGAGGAAAAAACUGAAGGGACGAGUACCAUUGCACUUGUGCUCGAGAUUACGUCUGUUUUGAUCAUUUUGGGAAUUGUUUUGGGUUAUUUCAUGUACCGGAAUCGAAUGUUGCAAAGAUAUUACGAUAGCGUUAGAAACUGGGGCAGACAUCGCUAUGAAGAGUUUUAUAUGGACGAAAUCGAAUAAAAUAAGUAGGUACUCACUACUCACUACAGCUCUCGGGGAAUUUAUCAAAAAUAUAAAUUUAUGAAAAAUAAUUUCAAUUUUAUGGUAGGCUUAAGUAAGAUAUUUACUAUGCUGUAGACGGAUAUAUGUAGUAACCUUACAUCUGAUUAAAAUUUUCACAGAGAAACUGAAUUUA